AUGUCGGUCACGGCAUCGACCGCUCAACCAAUUGCUGUAGCACCGCAGAACUACACAGCAGUACCAUUGCAAACAGUGAGCUAUACGGCGCCAUCUACCUCACAACAACCAUCUCCUGUUAUAACUGAUCCAGGUCGAACUAUUGUUCAAGCUCCGAAGCCUGCACAACCUGUGUUUGUUGCUCCGCCGAAUACCGUACAAAUUAAGAGGGUUAUGCAUUCCGAAGUUUAUCUUAAAUAUAUAGAGUCAUUAUCAACCAGUCAACAAAGAACAGUAAGUAAAUAUAGUAGGAGUUUAUUGGCGAACCAAAGGAAUACAACGCCACCACAGAAGAUAUCAACAACGCAGUGGCUGAAAGAAGCUAAAGAUAAUGGUGUCAGGGAUGAAGAAGUGAUAAAAGCGUUAUGGCGGCUUCGUGAUGCUUUAUUAGAAAGUACGGUGAAUAUAGCACGUGAAAUGGAUUGUACUGGUCCGCUAUAA